GCACCCCACACACAGCGCCCCACAGGAGGCCUCGCUCUGUCCCGCGGACCUGGGGGCCCCGUGGGUGAGAGCCGUGUAACCCUGCACAGGUUAUGCAGGUCAAGCCCGGCCUGAAGGGCCCACCUCUAAGGGCCCCCUUGAAUAGUUUCUAAUGAGAUGAGUUUAGUCAUUAGAAAUCUGCAGAAAGUCAUCCCCCUCAGGCGAAUCCCACUUCGCAGAAGAAUAGAAAUCCUUCAGAAGAUUUUGCACGUGCAGCAGUUCGACCUGGGCAUUAUCUGCGUUAGUAACAGAAACAUUCAACUUCUCAAUAGCACCUACAGGCAACAAAAUGUCCCCACCGAUGUGCUUUCCUUCCCUUUUCAUGAGAAUCUGAAAGCAGGUGAGCUGCCUCAGCCUAGUCUUCGAGACGAAUACAAUCUUGGUGAUGUUUUCCUAGGAGUAGAGUAUAUCUAUCAGCAGUGCCAAGAAAAUGGGGAGGAUUACUACAGCAUUCUUACAGUGACUGCAGCUCAUGGGCUGUGCCAUUUGCUGGGAUACCGGCACAACACAGAAGCGGAGUGGGAGCAGAUGUAUCAGAAGGAAAAACAAAUUCUUGAGGAGCUAAAUGGAAUCACUGGUGCAAACCUCCAGCCACUGACUAAAAACCAUUUCUGAUCACGUCACAAGAAAAAGAAAGAGGACCCAGAAAAAUAAAUCCUCAUUCUACUGAGAAGAAACCAAGUAGCAUGGAUACAACUAACUUAAAUGAAUCACUGUUAAUACUUAACAGGCAUCUAUGUUAACUUCAUAUAGUGUCAACAGAAUAUCUUGCAUUGUAGUGUGUAAUAAAAUUCAGCCAAACAGUUUCUCUCAA